AUGGUCAUUACUGUGAAGGAGAGGGAUGUGGUGUCAUGUGAGAUUCCAGACUCCAUCAUUUCUCGUGGUGUUCAGGUGCUCCCACGAGACACAGCCUCCCUCAGCACUACUCCUUCAGAAUCGCCUCGUGCUCAGGCUACAUCUCGCCUCUCUACAGCUUCCUGCCCAACACCAAAACAAAUUAGACGGCCGGAUGAAAGCAAAGGAGUUGCUAGUAGAGUUGGAUCCCUCAAAGUCCAGUCCAGAUGCAGCAGCAAGGAGAACAUUCUCAGAGCCAGUCACAGUGCUGUUGAUAUCACCAAGGUGGCUAGACGACACCGCAUGUCUCCUUUUCCUCUGACAUCUAUGGACAAAGCCUUUAUCACAGUCCUGGAGAUGACUCCGGUGCUUGGGACAGAAAUCAUCAAUUACCGAGAUGGAAUGGGGCGAGUUCUUGCUCAAGAUGUAUAUGCAAAAGACAACCUACCCCCCUUUCCAGCAUCAGUAAAAGAUGGCUAUGCUGUCCGAGCCGCUGAUGGCCCAGGAGAUCGUUUCAUCAUUGGGGAAUCCCAAGCUGGUGAACAG